AUGGCUGAGAAGUUUCAAGCUGCUAUUUAUGGUGAAAUAGCUGAUGCAGGAAACUACAACACUUGGCAAAGUAUUACUGAUUUCGUGGAUUUGAAGGGAACAAGGUCUUGUGUUGAGGAGACUAAUAUUAACUUGGUUUCUUCUGAUACUUCUAUGAGUUUUCUUUAUGCCGAGAAGCCACACCAGAGUGGAAUUGGCAGCAUCUUGAUCGAUUCCAUCUUACAAAUGAUGGGUUUUGGCAUGUCAUCUUCAACUUCACCGAAUUGGAGUCAAUCUUUAUUGAACUUCAUUAUCAUAUCAAGCAUAUCCUUAUCUUUUGUGAACUUCUUUCUCUGCAUAGGGAGCAAUUUUGAUUCUGUGCUUCAAAAAGAAACAAACGUAGUUGGUGGUGGUUCUUCCAAUGAUUCACAAAUUCAAAAGGAUUGGAGUCCAAACAAUUUCUCAUCUAGUGGUGGUGGCGUGCAAGUUUCCACCAUUGAUGCUUUCAAGCCAAUGAACCAAGAAUUUUCCUUGGAUCAGCAGAGUCUAAAUUCUGUUGUUACAAGCACAAAUGGAUCAUUAUCUAGUGGUAAUUUCCUAGUUUUUUCAACCUCCUAUGGUUGCCUUUCAACAUUGAUACAAAUAUUAUAUGAGCAUCAACCACAACCGCAGAACUCACUUUUCACCAACCCCUCCAUGUCCUAUGGGACAUGUUCCAAUGAAUUGUCACCAACUUGGUCCAAAGUCUCUUCCCUUCUCAAACCCUCAAUGCCAAAGCAACAACUUAGUGGAUUGCGCUUUUCCAACAACACUACUUAUUUAUGGAAUUCUUCAACCGAAGCGCUUAAUGACCUAAGAGCAAGUGUUUUUGCUUCAUCACAAGCGCAAUAUCAAACUCCAAAAUUUGAAGAGAAACCCAAUUGCCUCCGUACUCCAUUAAAGAAGCUCAAGAGAGAAGAAUCACUAGACGCAAUGAAGAAAAAUUCUCCUGAGCCUGCUGCAUUCAAGACACUUGGUGAUGAGUAAAGAGACAUGAACAAAGAGAAUGGUACCAAUUGAAGACACAAAAACCAAUUAUAGAUUUCCAAGUAUCAGGACAAGUUGCACAAUCAAAAUCAGCAUAAGCCUGUAAAUGAAUUCUGGACUCAGCAGAAAAUAGUAUUUCUUGACAAGGAGUGCUUUUGGACAAGAACUUCAGUUCCACAGCAAAGCAUGAAACAAACCUAAAAAGUAUUGGUAUGAAUAAUAAACAGAGGACACUAUCUGGUCUGGAACAUGCUGAGAAAUAUGCAAAUAUUGAAGGAGAUUGGCAAUUAAGUUAAUGGUCUUUUCUGUUAUCGUUGAGUCACUACAUUUUGAAAUUUCAGUGUUGUUUGGUGUAUUAAGAUAGCCUCUUUGUAUAGUCAUGUGGCAUCAUAUUAACACAACUUGCUCAAUAUACAUAAAAUGGUCUCCUUUCUUGUUUUGGAUUGUUUUAGGUGCUUUUAGCUAUUGUUACUUACUUACUUUGACAUCUCCAUGUUUGGUAACUUAUUUAAUAAUAUGACCAAUAACUUACAUGUUAUGGAAAUAUAAUUGAUAAGCACUCAAACAAACUAGGCCCAUUGGUAUGCACUAUUUAGAAAGUUUACUCUAGGAAAAUAGGACUUAAUUUUAAUAACUGUAAUGGAACUCAGUUUUAACUUUUAAUGACUGCCAUAUGGUAGUUUAUGGAGCAGUUAUGUAUUUUCACUUUAUAUGUUUAUGCAUGUUCUGUUAAAUAUAUGCACUGGAUCAUAUUCUUAUAGCGAUUAGUUGUCAUAUGAAAUGAAUUUUUCUUGUUGAUGUCUUUUGGGUAUACAACAUUGCUUAAGUUUUUUUUUUUUGUAAUUCUAUUUAUGAUUUUUGUCUUUAUUUUUUGGAAGGUAAUUCGUGAGUUAAUCAGGGUAAUUAUCUCUCGAGCCCCUAAGAUGUGCAAUUUUGUGGAGUGGAGGGGAUUCAAAGUUGUUUAUAAAAGGUUUGUGAGCUGGAUUUAAUCUUUAAUUUUCAUAAGGCAUAUUUUAUAUUGGAUGAAAUUUUAUUGGCUGGAGCCAUGCAGGAGACUAGCAAGAGAGCUACCCCAAGACUGAUAAGUGAACAUGAGGAUUUAGUGAAAACUGCCAAAGAGGAAGCCAACUCAUUGAGUAAUAUAAUCACUUAAGCCACCAAGAGAUAGUGAUAUUGCUUCUGCUGUCAUCAAUGAAAGUGUUGUGGAAGGCGAACAAGCACGAAAGUUCCUAGAAGAUGUUAAUGUUACAUAUAGUUAAAUGUGACCUCUAAUGUUUUACAUUUUUGUUUUAAUGGAUUCUACUUGAAUUAAGCUUGUUAGUGUCAAAUUGAGUGGUCUUUUAUCUCAAUCAGUUUGUUGUGCGGCA